AUGGCUCCCUACAGUCGCCAAGCACCACUUCAAAUUAAGUGUGUUGCAACACGCAGAAGUCAAAAAGCUUUGACUUUUGUUAUAGAAGACAACAAAAUUCAUGUGGGAGCAUAUAAGAUAAGCACAAUGUGUGCACUAACUGAUGGAGAGACAGUUUAUCUGUCAGUUAAAAACGGGAGUGACCCAGAGUUUAAAGAGGGUGUGUCCUAUGUAGUGAAGGACUACAUCCUCUCUACCAAAUUUGGGCGGGCAUGCUUGUUUGUCAAUCAAAAAACAAAAAUAAGCAGACGAAUACCACUGGUCUUUCCGGAGGAGGUAGAAAACAUGGCAAAGCAGGCACUCCUUCCUCCUUCGGCGUGUAUGACUGGUGAAGAGGAGGACAUUUUCAAAUGCACCAGCUAUAUGAGUCUGCUGGGAAUAGUUGAAAAAGUGCAAGUAGUCAGGAUGACUCGGGGCCAGAUUCCCAUUCUGGACCUCAGUCUAAGAUGUGGCUCCAAACUCCAUGAGGUCUCACUGUGGAGAGAAAACGCUUUGGAAGAGUUGUAUGCAGGAGACAAGGUGGAGAUCAGUCACCUAAGAGGAAAUAUAAGGCCAAAUGGCACAGGAAAAUUUGACUCCUCUAAUUACACAACGGUCAAGAUUGUUGAGCGGCAGAUCCUCAAAGCAGAUCUGGAGAUCAUUGCCGUGUCAGAGGAUAGUGGCGAUAUGAUCACUCUGGUAGACAGUGAAUUAGAGCACUACAUUGUGCCAAGCCAAUUUUAGUCAGGCAACACCGAUG